AUGCGCUUUACAACAUUAACAGUUCUCUCUGCGCUCGGUGCCUUUCUCUCUGCCGCACUCCCCACAGAACUCACAGAGUUCUUCCUAGUCACGUCAGACCAGUCAGACCCAAGCACAAACUCCUCUCAGCUUCGCGGUGUCCAUGCGACAACGCCCUACGCCGAAGACCCCGUCUCUCAAUCAACUCUCCUCCUCCGCCUCAUCGGCUCCGGCUACAACUCCCUGCCUAAUUUCACCCUCGCCGACGGCGUGCUCUCCACACUCACCGCAGGCCCGCACGGCAUCGGCUCAUACAAGUACAACAGCACGACGAUAACCGCGGGUAAGGAGCUACAGUUUGUGGCGCAGAAGCAAGAGAAUGGAAAUGUAGGUCUGGACGGAGGGUAUCUGGUCACGGUGGAUGGAGAGAAGGAGGGGUGGGCGAUUUGCGAUAGUGACAGUGGGACGGACGUGUUAUAUUGGAAGGGCAAUGGGACGGAUUGCAAGACGACAUAUUUACAUGCGGUUAGUAAGCCGCCUUAUAAGAAGGCGUGA